GCCUAAUGCACUCGAAUGUGGUGUAAGAUGCAGAAUGAUGGCGGAAGGAUGCAAUGCAUAUACAUAUGAUGCUGAUACAAAUUCCUGCUCUUCUGCUAAGGUUGAGCUGCCCGGCCUAGUGUAUAUUGCCAAGGAAGAAGUAAUAUCUGUAUUUAUGGAACCUGAACUUUACAACCAGAUGAAUAACCUCCCUACAAGUACAAGUAAUGCUACAACAGCUACCAAUACUACUGAUGCAACAGAAACAACCGGUAUCUUCUUCAUUGGAGAUGGAACAAGCUCUGAUCAGAUUUAUGGAUGCAAAGCUAAAUUACCCGUAACUGUGGGACUGUUCUCACGAGGAGGAGUUACAGUUUUAAAUGGAAACACCUACAUCUACAAUUCUGCUGAUAACAAAUGUUACUCUGGUAGUCUUGAAACUUCAGAAGCCUGGGCGGAGACAACUGAUUGCUUAUCUUUGAACAGAUUAAGGCCGACUAUGACUGCAUUGGGAAACUUUAUUCUGGUCUUGGGUGGCCGUUUAAAUAAUCUAGUCUAUUAUGAAGAGAUUGAACGGUAUGAUGAAAAGAACGGCUGGACAACUCUAACCAACAAACUUACUAGUGGAAGAUACCUCCAAUGUUCUGUAGCAAUAAGCAAAACUGAAAUGAUAGUACUUGGAGGAUUUAAUGGAGCAUUUAUGUCUACAGUGGAGAACUAUGAUGUUGAUGGACAAUUGGUUGAUACACUGCCAAGCAUGAAUCAAGCAAGAUCUGGUUGUGGAUGUACUUUUUAUAAUGAAGAACUUUAUGCAGCAGGAGGGAGCUUUACCGCUACAACUCUGUCUGAUGUGGAGGUUUUCAACAUGAAGAAAAAGUCAUGGAAAACAAUCAGCAAGAUGAAUACCGCAAGAUAUUUCCUCAGUCUCCACGUGUACCAGGAUCAGCUGAUGGCAUUUGGAGGAAAUGGAGAUGGUACUAAAACAAUUGAAAUAUACAGAAACCAAACAUGGGAAAACUCUCAAAAUUCUCUUGAGGACGAUUUUGAUUUUGGAGUUUCAGUUGAAAUAAAAUGUCCAGCCUGAAAUUGAGUUUCAACGAACUUAAACAUUUUAAUACUCUCUAAUUUUCUCCAAAACUUAACUCUCUUGUAAUGAGGAAUUUGAAGGCUAGUCAUAAAUAUCUUAUUGAACCACUUCACUGUCCCAGUCCUCUCACCAUGCUCUGCAAGUUUAAUCUAUUCAUUGACUUCUUCAUAGGAAAAAUAUUAAUGGCUAAUGUAUUUUAGAUUAAAUAGAAUUGACAAAGAAAUUAAAAAAAUUUCAAGAUAUUUAGAGAAAUAGACAUGAAAGAGAAAUGGAGGAUUUCAUAUAUCAAUAAGAUAGUUUUGACCAAGCUUAGUUUGGUAAUAUUAUUAUUUUUCUCUGCUAAACUUAUUGUACCAAUUUAUUGCGUUUUGCACAUUAAACUCCUAUUUCCUGUA